GGUUUCGGUGCUCGACAGAGCGAGGAUUGUGGACGUCUACAGGCGUGGUGGCGACCUAAAGCAACUGGCGGAGACCCUGGGCAUCAACAUAAAAACAGCAAGAUCGAUUGCAGCUACCGACAGACAAACAUCAUUGCGGGGUGGCGGUUCUAAAAAAAAGUUUGGAGACGACGUCGUGAGUACUUUGAGGCGAAUUGUCGACGAAAACUGUACAUUUACUCUAAGACAGAUAAAGGCAGCCCUGGAGGAAGAAAUGCCUGGAGUGAUGAUCAGCACAAGCACAGUUGAUCGCUUGCUGGAUGCCCACAGCUACUCGGUGAAGCUGGUGACGCAGAGGCCCGCAGACCGCAACCGUGACGACGUCAAGCACAGCCGUAAGCUGUACGCCCAGUGGCUGCAGUCCGAUGGACCACGUGUGUGCCGGUUCUACUUGGACGAGACAAACUACAAUAUCUGGUGCUCCAGGAAUUUUGGCAGGGCAGCUAAAGGGCAACCAGCUGUCCACACGACCACGACAACAAAAGGAGCCAAUUUGAACAUCAUGGCACGUAUGUCAGCGAAUGGCGUUAUUCACUGGACUGCAGUGGACAGAGCUCAUUGGGCUGUUUUCAACGAUUUACUCAGCGAUGUUUCGGCCCGUGUGGAAAGUGAGGAGCCAAACACAGACGCUGUGUUCAUUUUUGAUGGCGCACCUGCUCAUGUUCGGGCAGAACAGGCAGCUUUGGCUAACUCAAUGCACUCUAUCAAGCGCCUGCCAGCGUACAGUCCCUUCUUCAACCCAACAGAAGAAGUGUUCUCGAAAUUCAAGUCGCACGUGAAGGCCUACCUAAGCGAACGUCCUGAUUUAGUGCUGGCGACACCGCAAGGUAUGACGAAAAAGGAGCACAGGCGUUCUUUGCUGCUGGACGCAGCUCGACACUCCAUGCAGCAGAUACAGCGCGUGGACUGCGCGGCCUUUGACCGGCACAACUUUUCUUUUGUGCCUGCAGCAUUGCGUGAAGAUGACUUGUGAACGUCCGUUUCCAAGCCCUAGGAGACAGCGCUAUUCUAAUAAAUACUUAUUAUAACCUAUGCUUAUGUUGCAUUUCUCGAGUGAUCUGGAGUGUGCAAAAAUAUUGUUCCCUUUCGUUUUACCUAUAAUCCCAUUUUGCCCCCUCUCAUUGACUAAAUUAUAUAUACAUAUAUGUGUUUGUGUGUGUACACGUUAGAUAUAGAAAAUUGAUCCAACAAAUUUAUCAUUUCGUUGACAUCCGUAAGAUUCAAAUGCCCAGUGAGAUGCAUAAUUCAGCGCGGAAAAACGAGUAUAAAGUAAAGAGAAGGAGCAAGGACCACCGCUCGUCCUUGUGCCUUGUGUUUUCUCUGCGUAUGUUUUCUCGCAAUGCGUUAAAUAUGUCACCGUGCGAACUAGGCCAACAGUUAAUACUGUUCAAAUCACCGGACACAUUUUGUUUUAAAGGAGUGAUAAAAACCACCACGAAUAUAAAAUAUAACGUCCGUUUUCCACAUAUCGUAAUCAGCAGUCUAUGUUUUAGUACACUGCAGAACGAAAAGCUCUUCGAAUUACCUCCAAUCCGCCCUGCCCUGCGCGAGCCUGAUAAUUUCUUAAUUCCGUACUCCAUUUGACCCAUUUCCGCCCUCG